ACAAAAUUGAUUGGCCUCCAAAGUGAGACAAAAAGUGGAUAUAAUUAUAAUUCUUUUUAAAAAUCUUUUUUUCUGUGUGAAGGGGUUUUGAAACAAUUUGAAGAUGUCUAGUGAGAAGAACCCUGAGGUGGCUGGCUGCGACGCCUCCAUCAUGAAGAACGUCUGGGAGAUCAGGCUGAGAGAAUACGGACAGAAAAUGCAGCUGGAGCAGAAACGGAUGGAGAAGAGUGCAUUGCCCUCCAUUAACCAGGACUGGGCAAAUCGUACUACAGCCAAACUGCGAAAAUACAAAAGGGUGGAAAGGAAAACUAAACCCACUGAGACUCAGGAAGACAGCAAUAUCUGGAAGAGCAAGCAACCCCAGGUUCCUCCUACUCUUCCUUGUGGUGCAGGUGCAGGUCCAGGUCCACUCAGCCAAUCAGGCCAGAGCAGAGGCUUGCCCACUCAAGCCUUGAACUACAAGGACAAAAAGGGGCAGCACAAGAAUUUCAACAGGUUACAGUUACUCAUGUUCAUCACCCAGACUCAACCUUCUGCUAUGCUGUGGGGAAAGUCAUGGAAGUACAACAAAUCUUUGCCAUCACCAGCAGAGGGCAUUACAGCUAGAUCAGACUGGAGCCAGUGCUGGAUGUUUGCUACCCAGCAACCUUACUCUGAAGCAGGCAAGCCUUGGCCAAACAGGCCCAACAUGAUGGACCCUCGCAGUCUUCAUCUCUGGAAGAAACCUGACCACAGUGUGAUAGAAUCAGAACUAAACUUAAGUCUUCCCACUGAGGAGUGGCAUAUGUCCUGGAGAAAAUCCAACAAAAACAAUAAGGAGGAUACAUCUUCUGUAAAUAGAGAGAGCAUUGGAUACUUCACCCUAUUGCUGGAAACUGAGCACCACUCAGCCUUAUGCUCAUCAGAGUGGAGCGAGUCAUGGAGAUCCACCAAGCAAGCAAGUCAGCAGGAACAUAUUACUGUUCCAAAUGAUGGUUUAAUUGAUGAAUCUAUUGCUAAUAAGCAAGAUAAGAAUAGUGAAAUGAGCUUCAGGUGGGAAGAAUGUUGGAGGCUUGUCAACCAUCAUGGGUGCAACAAAUCCCAGUUGUCUCAAGUUCAAAGAUCUCCCAGCCCAAAAUGGUCUAAUCCAUGGACAGCCACUAUGGUGGUUUUAAACAACCACAAGAAUUCUGAUCCCUCUGGGAGGCAAGAUCCCAGUGAUACCUAUGAUGAUUUCUCUGAGUGGAGCGAGUCAUGGCAGGUGACCAAAAACAUAUCAAAACCAUGUGAAGAAAUAGAGAAAGUCCUAAAGGCCUACCCACCCAGGAUGGAGACUGCUGUGGAAGCUGAGAUGGUGGAAGAGAAACCAAAGGAGCCUUAUUCAACUUCAGAGAAAGCAGACCCAUACUAUGAGCAACUGAAACAUAAUAUUAUAUAUCAGUCAAAGACAGAAUUCACCCAAUUUCAGCAGCUUCUUCUGAAACAGGUGGAAAAUGUCUUGUCCUCAGAAUGGAGGGACUCCUGGAAGACACUGAAAAAUAGAAUGAGGGUAGAGAGAAGAAGAAUAAAGCCUGACCCUUUGAGGCCUUUCAGAAUGUCAUUGAACAGGGCAAACAUGAAGUUCACUACCUCAGAGUGGAAAGACUCAUGGAAAUUCAUCUUUCAGUCUCUGCGUCAGGAACCUGAACUCUGGCAGCAGGAUUGGUCCACCACACCCCAAAUCCGAGUAGAUUGGGCAAGGGACCAGAAAAACUUUGCAACUUUGGAACUCUCUAAGAACGGGCCAUCUGUGGAGCGGAGUUGGGGAGAAUCAUGGAGGUUCUCAAGGCACCAGUACCAAUCAGAACCUGAGCAGGGUAAUGCACAAACCAGCCAAGAAAGGUCAAGUAUGGCCUUCCACAAUUCUGAUGAUUCAUGGACUCAGAAGAAGUAUGUUAGGUCAGCUUCUGAAUGGCGGGCAGCCUGGAUGGUCUCAGAAAGUCAAUUCCACCAUGAUAAACCCUACCUGACCCAGUGGAGGGAAGCAUGGAAGUGGUCAGUCUUCCAUGCAGAGCACUGGAUUGAGCAGGUGCUUAGAGACAACUUGAUGGAGGACGUAUUGGAGAUCCAACCCCUAAAAAAGAAGAUUUCCUUGCAGAGAGCCAAAGCUAGAAUGAGCCCGUCUUUUGACAACCAAAUGUUCAGGGAAAGAUACUCUGAGAAACAGUGGAGUGCCUCAUGGAGAGCUGGGUCACUUCUGAACCAUCAAAUGAAUCAUUAUGUCUCUUCAGAAACACCUGGGAAAAAAAUAAACAACGCCACUCAGCAGCAACAUGCCAUUAACAGUGAGCAUAGAUCUAAGUGGGGAAGGUCAUUCAGACUUGCCAACCCCAUGCCCCAUGUGGAAAAACCCUGGGUGGAGUCCUCUCCUAACCCAUGCCACUAUACAGUUAUGUGGUCAAGAGAAAAUGACAUACAAAACAAAAUCAACAAGAGCUUUAACAAAAACCCUGCAAUCCUCAGGCUUUGGGGAAACUCCCAUCAGUUCCUGCAGGGUGCCAGUGUAGAGAUCAAAGACAAAAGUAAGUCUAAGGAGCCUGUUGACCCUAGGGUGAUUAUAACAAAGAAGACCAAAAUAAGUAGAUAUCUGUACUCCAAUAUUAAAAUGGAGAAACAGUCAGAGAGGAAGUGGGCAGGAUGCCACCUUUUGGGUAAAACCCAACCACGUCCCAGGAGAGGCUCUGCUUCGGUAAAGAAGCUUAAGAUGGAGGAUGAAACUGAAGACAAGUUCUUUGAAGAGUGGGUAGAAUCUUGGAGGCUUUUGGUCCAGCCUGGUAGUCUGAAAAAGAUACCAAUGAAGUCACUUGCAAGUUGGGCUGAGUCAUGGAAGUUUCUCCUUCAACCAUACCAGCCAAUGAAUGACCCUAAGGCCAAAUAAAAGGCAUGGAUCAGUCAACUUUCAGGUCAGACAGAUCAGGUAGAACAUUUUCUUCAGGUUAUGAGAUGUUAACUGAUAUUUUCACUUUCACAUUUUAAGUGCUAAUGUUCAUUGUAGUAGAAAAUGAUCAUUUGAACAUAAUGAGUAAAUAUAUUUUUCUCUAUUCUCUUGUUCAGGAGCACACACACAUUGUCGAACCACCUGUUAAAAUAAUAACCAGAACUGUUAAUUAUAAUGUCAGGGAAAGCAAAAGAUAGGAUGAAAUAGUUGAAGAAGGCAACUGCAAGUUGAGUUUUGAAUUUUGAUGUUGAAAGGUUUGUAAUAGUUAUGAUGGAAGGACAAAUGUACAUGAAAGGCAUUGUUAUGUGAUGUAUGUGUGGAUGUGAGGUCAUUUACUGUAUUUUGAUUGAAGGAUAUAAAACAUCUGGACUUGUGUUCA